AAUUUUUUUAAUGGGUGAAAUAAGUGGGUGCUUUUAGCUGUUAAGAUGAAUGCCGUUCAUAUUGACUCAAUUUUUCCAGUUCUUUCUCGAUCUGAUCUACAAUGUCUCGUUUAAUUGUCAAGAACUUACCUAAAGAACUAUCAGAAGAAAAGUUUCGUGAGCACUUUGCUAAAAAGGGCGAAGUUACUGAUGCUAAGCUUAUAAAGACACAGUGGGGUACUUCUCGUCGAUUUGGUUUUAUUGGCUACAAGAGUGAAGCUGCAGCUGAACAGGCCAUUCAAUAUUUUAAUAAUACAUUUAUCAAUACGUCUCGCAUUACGGUUGAAAAAGCCAUUGCUUAUGGAUCAGAAAAUUUGCCUCGUGCCUGGAGUAAAUAUUCAGAAGGAUCCUCUGCUCAUGAGAAAUUAGUGGGCAGUAAAAAGAAAAAGGACGAAUUUGCAGUGGAAGAAACAGACGCCUUUCGUGACAAACAACGCAAAGACAAGGAAGAAUUCAUUAGUAAACUCAAUGCUGACAAAAAUGACCCUAAAUUAAAAGAGUAUCUGGAUGUCAUGACUUCUCGUACGAAGAGUAAGACUUGGGCAAACGAUGAAUCUGCUGUUGAGCAAGAAAAGAAAAAGGAAGAAGAAGAGAGCACGACAGUCCAAUAUGCCGGUUCAGAUGAUGAGUUGUAUGAUGAUCUUCCAGCAAAGAAAGAUUUGUCUGAUGAAGAAGAACAAGAUGUCGUUAUGGAAGAAGCAAAACAAGAAGAAAAAGAAGAAAAAACAGAAGAUCAACAAGACAGCAAGCCAAUAGAAGAAGAGAAAGUGCCUGAAAAGAAAGAGGAAGAUCCAAAAGAAAAGAUUCAAGAUACAGGCCGUCUCUUUGUCCGUAACUUAUCUUAUGCUUGUACAGAACAAGAUCUUAAAGAUCUUUUUGGUCAAUACGGUGCAUUAUCUGAAGUUCAUAUGCCCAUUGCCAAGGAUACCAAAAAAUCAAAGGGAUAUGCUUACAUCCUCUACUUGCUUCCUGAACAAGCAGUCAAGGCUUAUGAAGCUUUAGAUAUGAAAGAUUUCCAAGGUCGUCUUCUUCAUGUACUUCCUGCAGAUGAAAAGCCACCAAGCAAAGAUGAAGAAAUCUUAGGUUUAAACGGCACCAAAUUGAGUGCUGUCAAAAAAGAAAAAGAAAAGAAACGUAAAAAUCUUGCAGGCAAUGAUUUUAACUGGAAUUCCCUUUACAUGAGUUCUGAUGCUAUUGCUGAAUCUAUUGCUGACCGUCUUGGUGUUUCCAAGUCUGAAGUCUUAAACCCAGAUGCUAAUAAUGUUGCUGUUCGUUUAGCUUUAGCAGAGACACAGAUUGUGAAUGAAACCAAAGAGUUUUUUGAAAAACAUGGUAUUGUACUUGACACAUUCGGUAAAAAAGAUAGAAGUGAGACUAUCAUUUUGGUCAAGAACAUUCCAUUUGGUACUACUGAAGAAGAUUUACGUGAAUUGUUUGGCAAACAUGGUGAACUGGGUCGUGUACUUAUUCCCCCUGCCAAGACGAUUGCUGUUGUCGAAUUUAUGGAACCUAGUGAGGCUAGAGUAGCCUUUAAAGCCUUGGCUUACCGUCGUUACAAGGACUCAUUGAUCUAUCUUGAAAAAGCACCCAGUGGUCUAUUUAAAGAUAAAUUUGUGCGUGAUAGUACUGCACCUGUCAAAAAAGCAGAAGAAAAACCCACUAGUGCUGCAGCAUUAUUGGAAACCUCUUCUGAUGAUACAGACGAUAUCACUACACUGUUUGUCAAGAACCUGAAUUUCAAUACAAGCCCUGAAUCACUUCAAAAGGCCUUCAAGAGUAUCACUGGCUAUCGAUCUUCUCGUAUCAAUGUCAAGCCUGAUCCUAAACAUCCCGGUAAAACCCUUAGUAUGGGCUUUGGUUUUAUCGAAUUUGAUACCAAAUCCAAUGCUCAAAAAGCAUUGCAUGCCAUGCAAGGCUAUAAAUUAGACGAUCAUGCAUUGGAACUGAAGCUUUCUCACCGUAAAGCAGAACCCAAAUCAAAGAAAUCCAAGACACCAGAUACAACAAAACUGGUUGUACGAAACGUACCAUUUGAAGCAACGGACAAAGAUUUACGAGAACUCUUUGGUACUUAUGGUCAAUUGAAGUCACUCCGUAUGCCAAAGAAAUUCAAUGGAGGUCACCGUGGUUUUGCUUUCCUUGAUUUCCUUACAAAGCAAGAAGCAAAGAAUGUGUAUGAUAACAUGAGCAAUAUUCACUUGUAUGGCCGUCACCUUGUACUAGAAUGGGCUCAAGAAGAAGAUAAUGUGGAUUCACUAAGAGAGAAGACUGGCAAGCACUAUUCUAAAGAAGAGAGCAUUGGUGGUCGUGUGAAUAAAAGACAAAAGGUGGAUUUGGAUGGUGAUAAUGAUGAUGCCAUGCUUGAAUAAGAAUAGAUGUACAUUUUUAUAUUAGACAGAAUAAAAUAUAUUUGAUACUACUU